AUGGGGGCGGACGACAAAAGGGAUAGGAUCAAAGUCCUACAAUAUAUAGGAAGAAUUGAAGAAAUGAAGGUUUACCCAUCGGACAUGAACAUUACCUCUUCUACGGUCUCGAAGUGUGCGUUCAUAAAAUACGAUGAUGAUCGUGCUGUGGAAGUGGGACAACAUCUUACGAAUACUGUUCUCAUUGAUCGCGCUAUAGUUUGCGCUCCAUUCUUACAAAAUGCUAUUCCCGAUGAGGCUACGUUCAUCAACUCCGGUGGUCCAGUCACAGCUGGGCAGCGUCAGUUACCUCCUCAUGUAACCAACAAAAUACAGCAGCUUGAGGAUGGAACAUCAGUGUUGCUUACAGUGGACCCGCAAAUGGAAGCUCUUGGUCUUCCUGCCUACCCGCCUUUGCCUGGAAACACUGACCUAAACAAAGUUGAAGAAAUCAGAAGAACAAUCUACGUGGGAAAUCUUCCGAAAGGUGUAGAUGGUCAGGCUGUGCUGAAUUUCUUCAACGAGUUCGUUGGCGAGGUUAUGUAUCUGCGAAUGGCUACGGCUCCUGACUCUCUUCCUUGUGCGUAUGCUUACAUUGAGUUUACCAAUCAGACUUCUGUGCCUAUUGCUCUUCAGAAUAACGGCAUCGAUUAUGAAGGCAGACCUCUUCGAAUUCAACAUUCCCGCGUCGCUAUAAUAAAGCCGCAAGCCAAAUCUGCCGAUCAAGCAUUGGAGGAGGUAGAAGAAGCUAUCCGAAUGGGAAAAAAUGGACGAUCUCGCUCUCGUUCCCCUCUUCGCCGUCGCCGCACGCCGUCACCUCGUCGCAAAAGCAGAUCACCACGCCGACGUAGGAGUCGCUCGAAGUCGCGGUCUCGCGAUCGCCGUCGCAGUCGUUCGAAAUCGCGUGAUCGCAAGAGAAGUCGAUCACGCGAAAAGAAGCGCAGCAGAAGCAGAGAAAGGCGAAGGAGUCGAAGCCGAGAACGGCGGAGUAGGCGCUCCCGUUCGCGUGAAAAGAAGCGUGAACGCUCAAGAUCGCGCGAUAGAAAGAAGGAGAAAGAAAAAGAUAGGAAGGAAAAGAAGCGGAGUAGAAGUCGCGAUAGGAAAAAAGACAAGGAUAGUAAAAGUGAUCGCAGCUCAGAUCGAAGGAAAGAUAAAGAAAAGGACAAGAAGGAGAAAGAUAAAUCCAAGGAGGCAAAAGUUGAGGAGCUCGACGAGGAAGCUUUGAGAGAACGUUUGCUUGAGAAAGCCGCUAGUCGAAGUGGAAAAGACGGUUCUGAAAGUGAUCGAGAAAGCGAAGUAGAUAAAGCAGGUGACAAGACGCCAAGCAAGAUAAAAAAUGAACGAAAGAGACGACGCAGUGACAGCGAUUGAGGGAUGUGCAUGGUCACCUAUGUUAUUUGUUCCUAUAGAAUAACUUUUCUUUUUGAUGCAGAGAUCUCUUUUAAAAUGUUUCCUUAAUGUUGGGGCCAGUUGAAUUUCAAUACAGUUGUUGCUUAUUUUUCGAGUUCAAUGUUCUUAUGCAUAGUCGAGGU